AGAGAGAGAGAGAAGAGAAGAGAAGAGAGUCGAGUCGAUUCGCCCUCGUCUUUGCUUUCCUCGCUCACCAGAGACAGAGAGAGGACGGGAGCGCCGGUUUCGACAGGAAACAAGUACAAGAGAAGGGUUAUUAUUCUCUGAACAACGAGACAAGAAGAGAAGGGGACGAGCGAACAAUAACUGCACACGAAAUACCAUUCUGUCAGAUUAUUACACGAGCGAACCCUGAAGAAUAACUUCUAAUUAUUUUACACUUCUUAAAUGUACAUUUUUGUAAUUACUGUAUUGUUUUCUUAAUUAAUAAUAAUUAUUAUGUUAGAUAUUUAUAUAUACAUUUAUUCAUCUUGAAAACUUGUGGAACUUCAUAACUUUUCAAAUCUUUUACUCAGAAGUUUAACUUUUUUUGUUUUGUUUUUGUGGAUUCAUCGAAGUUUCCAAGCAACACCAGGAUAAAGUUCUGCGAUGUUUUAACGGGAAUUCUUUCCUCGUGAUUUCACUUUUAAUAAAGGAAGAAAGAAACGGGCCACAUUCUGAAUCUGAAAUCUUAACAGCGUGACUUUUAUCUUCUCGAAAGUGAAAACCACUCGAGAAUAUCCACCUUGAACACCAGAAAUUCAACCCAUUCAAACAAACAAACACGAUUUGACUUAUUAAAACAAACAAAAAACCACACGUCCAGUAUAUGGGCAUUAUUUAACGAUUUAUUAAGCUAUUUUAAUUAUUUUAAGGUAAAGUUGUUAAUCCGAUUCAAUCACACGGUUCCUCUCUCAGUGCAACAGGACCCAAUUAUAAUCCCUCAGUAACAGGCUGCUAUCGCGCUGCCGGGUUCCAAUUUGACUCCAGUUCGAGUUUGUAUCGGUCUAACUAAGUGAAGAAGCAGAGAGAAACUUUAAAGAAAGAAAGAAAGAAAGACAAUUUCAUCAGAAGAGACCUUUUUAAUUAAUCGGCACUUCGCCCCUGAUUGACAGACAGUGUGAAGCCGCAGCACGCCCUUCCAGACACGAUGACGCUCCUCGCCUCGGAACGAUCCAUCCUCAUCCGAAACAAGUUCCGCUCCGUACUGCAGCUCCGGAUGCAAAAUCGCAGGCAGCAGAACGAAGCCAGCUCCGAUACAGCUCUGUCGAAUGGUUCUCUGGGUGUGAGGGGGGAGAGAGAGACGGAGAGAGAGAGGGAAAAGGCGCCUGAUGAUUUCCUAAAGCACAAAACCCCUCAGAGACUCUCUGGUCCGGACCCCAACUCUGCAGUAUCUGGGUUGUUCACAGAGAAAGCCCAGUUCUCAGAGAAUCUGAAUCACCAGAAGAUUCUUCUCCAGCCCGCUCCACUGGAGCUGCUGCACAAGAACAUCCUGCCACUCGGAGCCCAGACCCAAGAGACACAAUCGUCCUCUGACAGUUUUGAUGAUGACAUCAGCAGCUCUUCCUCCUCCACGUCUCCUGACCAAUCGCAGGGCCUCUCUGUGUCUCCAGGACGACCAGACGACCAACCACGGAGCUCCUCCUGCCCAGGCCUUGCUCCCCGUCCUUCAGCAUCCAAUCACAGCAGCACUUUAUUGCUCUCGGCAACCGAGAGCAGUGUGCAGCCAAUCACAGCCAGCCUCUCAGAGAGCGACUCCAUGGCAACGGCCGGGAGAGCCAAUGGGAUGUUCCUGCCUGUGCCACCAACACCUGUCCUACCCAAGGCCCCCUCUCCCCCAUUCUCUCCGCCCCCCCGCUCCAAGAAGUUGAAAGAUUCGAAGCCGAAGCUCCGAAAGCUGAAAUAUCACCAGUACAUCCCUCCUGACCAGAAGGGUGUGGCCGUGGGCGGGACGCAGGGACACGGCCCCAUCGCCAUGGACUCUGCCUACUCCCGCCUGCUCCAGCAGCAGCAAGUGUUUCUACAGCUACAGAUUCUGAGUCAGCAGAACCUGGAUCAGAGCCAGAGCCAGGCGGACAGCUCUGCUUCCACACAGCAGGGAAUCGGCAGCAGUAGUAAUCAGAAUCUCAGCAUCAUCGGAGCCACGCCCACAGUCUGUCCCCGGCCCCUCCCCCUCGGCACCGGACACGCCCCCAGUGCCUCUGGCUCUGCCCCCAAACCAGAGCCCCUCCCCUCCAACCUCGAUGACCUCACGGUCUCUGAGCUCAGGCAGCAAUUAAGACAGUGUGGUCUCCCUGUCUCCGGCACUAAACCAGCCCUCCUGGAGCGUCUAAAACCUCUCCAGCGAUCCUGCCCCCCUCCCCUUCCCCUGCAGGGCCCCCCGGCCCUCACACACAGCCCCUUCCUCACACCUCCCACCGCCUUCCUCAUCCAGUACCAGGAUGUGAGAGUGGAAAGUGACACGCAGGAGAGGCCGAGGAACAAGCACCAGGAGAGGGAUGGGGCCACUCUGCUUAGCCCUACCAUCAGCACACCUGCACUCACUCCUCCCAGCACGCAGGGGGCGCUGCAGCGGUUUGGAGUGAAGGAGUCUGAGCAGACAGGAAGGGAGAGGCAGCAGGAGUUCUGCUCUCAGUCCAGCUGUGAUGUGAUUGGUCAAGAUUUUGAAUUGCCGUUGGAGAUUACAGCUAGCCCUGCACAGCCCCCUCCCACAGGGCGGAGUCUGGAGGAGGAACUACAGGAGGCCAUUCAGAGAGUGCAGAUGGCUCCCAAUCAGUCCAUAGAUGACAUACUGGAUGAACCUAUCAGCAGCUCAGGUGAGUCCAGUUCAUCCCAGUACCAGAUGCCCAGUGUUAUGUAAUCUUAUACAAAAGUUUUGCAUGUAUGAAGAUAUUAUAAUAGGCUUCUAUCCAGGAGUCUCCCCCUGGUUGUACAGGUUCUCAGUGAGGUCUGUGUAUUGAGAGGCUGAUAGAAGUGCUACUGAUGAUAGGAUACAAUGAGGACAGAACUGACCCUAACACUACUCUCUCGCUCCUCU